AUGUCCUACAUCGUCAAAUCUCUGCCUACUCUUGAGCGCCUGCAGGUUUCAGAAUCGGCUUUCCGCGACAUUAACCCACAAAGAAUUGCUUCUGAGUGGUUUGCUCAAUUCUCAAAGUAUGCAACAAACGGCAAUGUCGCUGAAUUGGAAACUCUGCUCUCAGAAGGGGCUCUAUGGCGGGACAUACUCUGCAUGACUUGGGACUUUCGCACGUUCCAGGGAGCUGCAGCUGUCCACACCUUCCUCGUCGAUAGACUUGCGACAUCAGAGUUGUCUGAGUUUAAGCUGAAUGCACAGUAUCUUGGUCUACGACACCCUUAUCCCGAUAUCGCGUGGAUCGAAGCCAUGUUUACGUUCCAGACUAAAAUAGGGUUCUGCUCAGGUGUCUUCCGUCUCGUGCCACACCAGAACGACGCGUGGAAAGCCCACUGCAUCUUCACCAAUCUCGAGGACCUCAAAGGCUUUCCCGAGAAGGUCGGCCCUCUCAGAAAUCCAUUCCCGAACCAUGGUAAAUGGGAAGAAGAGCGGCGCCACGCUACAUCUUUCGCGUCCCAGGAUCCCGCAGUGCUUAUCGUUGGUGCUGGCCAGAGCGGCUUGGAGCUUGCCGCCCGUCUAAAGGCUUUGGACAUCUCUGUCCUUGUCCUCGAAAAGAACCCUCGCAUUGGAGACAACUGGCGGAACAGAUAUGAAGCGCUUUGCUUGCACGACCCAGUCUGGUAUGAUCAUAUGCCUUAUAUGCCAUUCCCUUCGUCUUGGCCAGUAUACACACCAGCAAAAAAACUUGCCAACUGGUUGGAAUAUUAUGCGGAGGCCCUGGAACUCCCUGUAUGGACCUCCUCCGAGGUGAAGUUGGCCACUAUCGACGAACAUGGCACCUGGAAAGUCACCGUCGGAAGAGCCUCCGAACAAGACCGUGUUUUUAACGUGAAGCAUCUUGUCUUCGCGACUGGAUUUGGAAGUUAUCGAGGAAAGUUACCGGAUUAUCCUGGAAUGGACAAUUUCAGGGGACAGAUAUUGCAUAGUUCGCAACACCAUAAAGCAAUGGAUCAUGUCGGCAAGCGAGUGGUUGUGAUUGGGGCCUGUACCUCUGCCCAUGAUAUCUGCGCCGACUACUACGAGCACGGAGUUGAUGUGACCAUGUUUCAGCGUUCAUCGACCUAUGUUAUGACCACUCAGAAUGGCUGGCGAAUUCACUUCGACGGGGUCUACUCUGAAAACAGUCCACCACCAGACAUUUCUGAUAGGCUCAAUGCGUCAUACCCGAACGCCCUCGUCGGGCUUCUUGCACCACGAAAGGCGCUGGAAAUCGCCGAUGCCGACAAAGAGCUGUUAGACGGACUCAAAAAACGAGGUUUUCGUCUCAACAUGGGCUACCAAGAUGCAGGCUUCUCCCUUGCCGUUUGGGAGAACGCUGGAGGAUAUUAUCUCGAUGUCGGAACGAGCCAAUUGAUUGUUGAUGGCAAGAUCAAGCUCAAGAACGAUAGUCAAAUUGCGGAGUUUACCCCGACCGGACUCGCGUUCCAAAAUGGGACCGAACUGCCUGCAGAUGUGGUUAUAUUUGCAACUGGUGUUGGAGAUGUUCGCGACAAUAUUCGGAAAGUCUGCGGGGACGACAUCGCAAAUAGAUGCAAGCCAAUUUGGGGCCUAGACGAGGAAGGCGAAAUUCAAGGAUGCUGGCGUGAUUUAGGAAUUCCUGGAUUGUGGUAUAUGAUGGGGAACCUCGCUUAUUGCCGUUUCCAUUCGAAGCAUGUUGCUUUGCAGAUCAAGGCGAUGGAAGAGGGAAUAUUCGAGGGAAAGCGCUACAGUCUACACUAA